UUAUUAUUAAUUAGGUCUGAUACAAGGAAAGGAAUUGUUCACAAACGUACAAUUGAUCCAAAAUUUGGAGAAGUGUUUAGAUUUAAGUUAGGAAAAGACGACAAAAUCAAUGAUUUUAUAAUCAGGAUAUCACUGUGGCACCAGCAGCAGCUAAUGGGGGACGUGUUCUUAGGACAGAUACACUUAUCACUCUCCUCAUUAUCACUCACUGGACCACACCCACCUCGCUCCUACCAGGCCUGGUACAGUCUCCGCCCCAGGUCAGAGUACAGUCCGUUAAAGAUUGGAUCAAUGAGAUUAUUACUAAUAUACCAUGAGGACUAUAUACUCACAUCAACCACUUAUCAACCACUCCUGAACCUACUAGUGAACUCCAUCACUGAACCGGAUUUUCAAGAUACCUCAUUGUGUAUACUGAAUGAAGUGAGUAAGGACAGAUCAGCAAUGGGUCUCUGUAUAGUCAAUCUAUUCCUCCAACUCAAUAAAUUUGAGGAGUUAGCUCAUAGACUGAUUACAGUUGAAGUUACCUCCACCAGUGAUCCUAAUACAUUGUUUCGUGGUAAUUCUGUGGCCAGUAAAGUGAUUGAUGAGUUUAUGAAAGUUGUUGGACAAACUUAUCUACACAGGACACUACAACCUUGUAUUGAUGAGAUAUUUGAAGUGAAGAGAUCGUGUGAAAUUGAUCAGUCGAAAUUAUCUGAAGGAGAAAAUAUUGACCUUAACAUGGUAACUUUAAAAUGAUUGUAUACAUGUACAUGUA